AUGGAAAAUUUUGGAGAUCAUAUUCUAUCUGAAGAGGCAUCAAGUGGAACUUCUUCAUAAAUGACUCAUCCUUAAGAUCAAAGGAUAUAUCUCAAAAUAUUCACUUAAUUCAGCAAUGAUCAGAUAGAAUCUGUUGAUUAUAGACCUGAAGACAAAGAUCUUAGAAAUCUAUACAAAUACAUUUGUCCAAUUUGCAUGAGAUAUUUUAAUGUAGUGAUUGUUGUUAGAAUUAUCUAUGCCACGGUUGUGCCAAGUAUCUCUAGGAGGUCGAAAGAAAAAACAUGGAUUACUAAGUUAAUUGCCCCUAAUGUGGAACUCCUGAGUUCUGCUUACUUGAUGUAGACUAAAAAGAUCCAGUAAGUUAAUCCAUCAAGUUAACUAUAUAAUAAGGUUAAAUAUUACUUCGAUUCCCAAGUACUAAGUAAAGAGGAAAGCGAAAAUGAUUAAGAAGAGAUUUAAGAUCUUUCUCUAUCUAAUGUAACCAAAUCUCCAAGCAAAUCUAUACCAGAAUAUAACGAAAUUGAUAAGAGCAAAUUGGUAGAGGAGGAUUUGGAUCCCGAAGUGGUUAAAAAGGAGAUUAUUAUUCAAAAUUAUUUUUCAAAAAACGAUCCAGCCGAAGAUUACUAUCAAAAAUAUCAACAAAUUAUUAACCCAAGAGAUAGAGUUGUAUCCAUUCUUGGUUCUGUCGUACUUAAGAAUAAGUAAAAUCUAGUAUUAUCUGAGUAUAACUUUGACAAGAAUGACUACGUCAAUGCGUGUGAAAUAGUGAGGCAUAAAUCUGUAGAUCAUUUUAAGAGUGAGCAGAGAGCAGCAGGCUGUGGAGUAGAAUAUCAAAGCUUUCAUAUAUUGAAUGACAUAUCAAAUUAUUUUCACCAGACUAAUACAGGAACAAAAGCAGAAGGUAAAUUUACAUAAGCGUUUGGAUUUUUGAAUGGUAAUAGAAGCAGAGGCUCACCAGAUAAUGUGCAUUUCAAAUCAGCUCAUGGUGGGUAUUCAAAGAAAAAAUUGGAUUUUAGAUAUCCAGUUGAUUUAAAGAUACCAAGCAAGAAUAUUGAUAAAAAUAGUAUGCUUCAGAAAGCACUCUUGAGAUCUUAAAAGUACAGUAAUAUGAUUCUCAAACCUCGAAGAAAUACGAUGUUCAACAAACCCCCAUUUCCUAUUAAUGAGUCAAAUGGAAGAGACAGUGGCUCUAGAUUCAUAAUAGAUCCUAUAAAUUCCCCUUUGUUUCAAAACUCAAUCAAGAUGAGUGAUUCGAAUGGAAUCCAAAGCCCUCAGAGAUUCAAGAAGCUCUUCUAAAUAAAUGAUUAGGAAUAGUCUUCUGUUAGCAACUUCCUUAUUCACUAGAAUAGCAGUCAGACUAACUUAAACAGAUAGUAAUCAAGCAAUAAUAACCUUAAUGAAAACAUUAAUGAUGUCAUCAAAAGAAGGCCAAAACUUCCAAGGAAAAAUGCAAACUUCAACUCAAAUUAGAGAUCUGUAACCACUUCUCCAGGUAAAUAGCAUAAUGGUAAGAUUUUGGUUAUCAUAUAAAUUUUAGGGAAUAUUGAGGAUAAGGAAGAAGCACUUAGAACUGAUAAAGUAAUUCAUUGA